AUGUGGCCAAAAAAGACAUUUACCAUUUCUCAUCUAUUAAUAAUAGUGUUUAUAACCUUCUGUGUUUUAACAACUACCACUAGUGCCAGCACUGAAAAUAUUUCAUCACCCUCCUCCUCUUCGACAUCGACAACAACAUCCCUACAAAAUGCUGGCACACGCACAGUGUUACGCAUCUAUGAUGAGUGCACCCGUGCCGAAGGUGGUUUUGUGCCAUGUCUUAAGAAAAAGGCAAUUUCCUUUAUUGACCGCAUCUCGUACAUUGAUGCUAUUACCGUGGCUGAUGGCAUAAAAGUUGUACGCCUACCGGGCACCUCAUUACAUGAUCUGCCAGCUAUACGUCCUAUGUUUAGUGAAAAUGAAGUGGAAUCAUCGUUAUCGCGUUCCGGUGAAGAUCGUGAUACGAAAUUAACGAAUAUGUUGGUGGAACGUUUGAGUAAUUUCUUUAAUGGUCAUACGUUGCAAGUUAGUUUUCCGAAAUUGACUUCGGAGGAAAUUGGCCGGGGACUGGAAGAAGGUCGUGGUAAAAUGAAGAAAAUGAUGAGUAUGAUGAUGAUGGGUAUGGCUAUGAAAAUGAUGGGUAUGCUGCCAAUUGCCAUGGGAAUGUUGUAUAUGUUGGCUGGUAAGGCCUUAAUCAUCUCAAAGAUUGCCUUGUUACUGGCGGGUAUUAUGGGUUUGAAGAAACUACUCUCGAGUAAGUCAUCGGGCGGCAGUUCCGGUUGGUCUUCAGGUGGAGGCGGUGGUGGUGGCGGUUGGUCUUCUGGUGGCGGCGGUGGUGGUUGGGAUAGAAGAUCACUGAAUCAGGCCCAUGAUUUAGCUUAUCGUAGUUAUACAAAACAAUUACAACAGCAACAACUGAAGCUACAACAACAGCAGCCACAGCAACAACAACUACAACAACAACAAAAGUCAUCAACAGAACAAAAAUUAUAAAAAUUAGAAGAUUAUUUUAAAAUUGUUAAAUUAUCUUAUAGAUAAUUUUCGCAUAUUUUCUUUGUCUUCUUUCAAAUGACAUUUUGUAAUUAAAAAUUUUUAAAAACUUCUUUCAGCUUUAUCUCUAGCACUUAACUUUAAUAAAGUAAUCAUUACUAUUUUGUAUAGAAUAACUUAUCUUAAACGUAACUAAAGUUUUCAACAGAAUUUCAAUUUAUAAUAUUCCGUUUUAAUAAUUGUUUUUUAUGUAGAUUCCCCUUGGCUCUGCUUUUUACAAUUUAUACAAAUUUACCGUACUUUAAUAACAUUUAUUAUCCAUCUCAUUUAGCAUUUCAAUAAAAUUUCUACUGUUAUUUGUAUCUGGCAUAUUCUGCGUAAAUUCUAUUAUAAACUUUAAUUAAACUUUAACGUUUCUCUUCUCAUCUUCAUUACAUUUGAUUUUCUCUAGAUCAACUUUGAACUUAUUUCGUUGCAUUUCAUGUUGUUUGGAAUUGCGCUGACAUACACUGAACUAAUAUUAGAAGUAUUUGUAUGGAUGUGUUUUUAUUUUUCUGCAAUUUCAAAUACAGUUUGUUGCAUGUUGCAUAAUUCUUGUAAAUUGUAAACGUGCUUCCAUUAUCAUUUUCAUACAUUCAUGCUAAGCUGUACAAACGGACGGACUGGCGGAGUGAUUACAAGUAUCAUUUCUUAUUCCCCAUACAUCCAUUAUUUUUUUUAUAUUUUCACUUUAAAAACUGUAGUUUUUCUUCAGAAGACCGCUUAU